CAGUUCGCACUCAAAGAAACACCUCGUGCUUAUGACUUUAGAACAAGAGAACAUGAUAGAAAAUAAUGUUAUUAGGAACCCAGAGGAUUACGAUGAUUUUUCGGAUGACAAAAAACUCAAUGAAUGGACCCCUACGGGUGAAAUGGAAAA